GCGGGCGCCACCGCCGUCCAAACUGCGCGCUGGGGUCCCCCGGUUCGCCCCGGUCCGGGGCGUCCGAGAGGCCGGGGGAGAGCGCACCAUGAAGUCAGUGCUCUUCAGCCGCUUCUUCAUCCUCCUGCCCUGGAUGCUGAUCGUCAUCAUCAUGCUCGACGUGGACACGCGUAGGCCCGCGCCCCCGCUCACCCCGCGCCCCUACUUCUCGCCCUACGCCGGGGGCCGCUGGGGCGCCCGCCUCCCGCUCCGCCGUGGCGGCCUGGGACGCGGCCGGGAGCAGCGCAACGAGUCGCGGCCGCCGCCGCCGCUGCCGCCCGAGCCGCCGCUGCCCACCAUAUAUGCCAUCACGCCCACCUACAGCCGCCCGGUGCAGAAGGCCGAGCUGACACGCCUGGCUAACACGUUCCGCCAGGUGGCGCAGCUGCACUGGAUCCUGGUGGAGGACGCGUCUGCGCGCAGCGAGCUGGUGAGCCGCUUCCUGGCGCGCGCUGGGCUGCCCAGCACGCACCUGCACGUGCCCACGCCGCGGCGCUACAAGCGGCCCGGGCUGCCGCGCGCCACCGAGCAGCGCAACGCCGGCUUGGCCUGGCUGCGGCAGAGGCACGGGCACCAGCGCGCGCAGCCCGGCGUGCUCUUCUUCGCCGACGACGACAACACCUACAGUCUCGAGCUCUUCCAGGAGAUGCGAACAACGCGCAAGGUCUCUGUGUGGCCAGUGGGCCUGGUUGGCGGGCGGCGCUAUGAACGUCCGUUGGUGGAAAACGGGAAGGUCGUCGGCUGGUACACCGGCUGGAGAGCAGACAGGCCCUUUGCCAUCGAUAUGGCAGGAUUUGCUGUAAGCCUUCAAGUCAUCUUGUCCAACCCCAAAGCUGUAUUUAAGCGUCGUGGGUCCCAGCCCGGGAUGCAGGAAUCUGACUUUCUAAAGCAGAUCACGACCGUCGAAGAACUGGAACCGAAAGCAAGUAACUGCACCAAGGUCCUCGUGUGGCACACUCGGACAGAGAAGGUGAACCUAGCCAACGAGCCCAAGUACCACCUGGACACGGUGACGAUCGAGGUGUGA